ACAAAAACAAAGCCAAAGGCCUAAUGCAGAUUACAUAGAUACAUUAGCGAUUAGAGAUUUUCCUAAACAAGCAGAUUUUCUAACUGCGGAGGAAAUAACCAACAUACUUGAUCACAAAUCGAUGCAAGGAAUUCGUAUGCAAGGUACUUCUUAUCAUCCAGAUGGUGGCCUAGAGCAUUCGUUUUUAAGGAUGUCUAAAUAUUUUAUUGAAUUUAAAAACAAGACCGGAUUGGGUCAGUAUUUGACAUUCUGUGUCUAUCAACAGAUGAAUGAUGCCGAAUAUUCGGACAGCGUAGCUUGGCUUAUUACUUCUACACCUAAUGGUUCAACAUCUACUGUUUCUUGGAAACUUGACAAAUAUAUGGUCGCUUUAGCUGAAUACCGAUUAAAAGAUCACAUCGGCACUUAUCAUACUAAACAAACCGCUACUGCAGAACUUGGUUCAAAUUGGCAAAUUAUUAAUUAUGAUGGAGAAACACAAACACUUAUGCCCUUAUCAAAUGGACACGGAAUUGACCCCGACACAAUAAAAAUAACCAAUAAUUCAACUGCAUCAGCGAAUUGUGGAGUAGGAAUGUGGGGUGGUACAACAGCUUUCGUGAGAAAUUUACAUCGAAGUUCCACAGCAACAUUUAAUAUUAAACCACAAUAUUGUGUUGGAGUGUUUAAUACAGAAAUACAUAAAGGUCAAGUAAUUGAUGAGAAUGAUGCUUUAGCUUCAAAACUGUUUUCGUUUCCUCCUGAAAAAAAUUUAGCCGUUAUUACUGCUAUGUCAGAAAAUGAAAAAGUUUCUUUUUCCGUGGACUUUG